CAAAUCUAAUUCACAACUCAGAGCCAAACUUGCAAACUGGUCGUCAGCCAGGGAUCAAGGAGCUUUGCUAUGAUCGAUUCUUUUCAAGCUAACAAACAAUUGCUUUCACAAGUCGUCACGCGAAAGCACGUCUCAGUGGCUAUCGACUACAGAUGUAAAGCUUCAGGGUAGGUAUGUUCGCUCGGGAGUCCCACUUGUAGACUAGGCGCGAUGGUACGAUUUAUGACCCGGAACUGGCCCUGCUCAACUCGCCCAUCGCAAACCAACGAUCGCCAGCCAUGAAGAUAGCUGCGAACCGCCUCCGGUCGACGUGCACUUUGCAAGCCACGGCGCGGCUAGCGCCCAAGGUCUGCGCAGCCUGCGCGACAGACCAAUCUAGGCGCUUCUCAUCACUCAAGCGCCCACCACCCAACUAUCCCGGCCAUGUACCUCUAACUCGGGUCGAACGCGCCGGCCUGGCAAUUGGAUCAGGUGUCAUGUCUCUGAUCAACCCUUACCGUCAUGAUCUUAUUGCCGCCCUGGGCGAAGCUACUGCGACACCCUACUUCAUCUACCGCCUGCGCGACGCCAUGCUCGCCGACCCAACCGGCCGUAGAAUCCUGCGUCAGCGACCUCGGAUCUCUUCCAAAACCUUAUCCGUCGAGAAACUACGCCAGAUGCCACCCAACUCGGUCGGCCGAGCCUAUAUUGACUGGCUCGACCGAGAAGGCGUCUCGCCCGAUACACGAUCGCAAGUCCGCUACAUCGACGACGAGGAGUGCGCAUAUGUCAUGCAACGCUACCGAGAAUGCCACGACUUCUUCCACGCUGUCACGGGGCUGCCGAUUGUCAAGGAGGGAGAGGUUGCGCUCAAGGCGUUUGAGUUUGCGAAUACACUGAUCCCCAUGACGGGACUGAGCAUGCUUGCCGUGGGCACCAUGAAGGCACAGGAGAGGAGCCGUUUCUGGAGUAUAUACAUGCCCUGGGCCGUCCGAAAUGGCGUCCGCAGCAAGGAGGUGAUCAAUGUCUUCUGGGAAGAGGAGCUGGAGAGAGAUGUGGACGACCUGCGGAGAGAGCUCGGCAUCGAACAGCCACCGGACCUGAGGACCAUACGCAAACGCGAACGGGAGGAGAGGAAACGUAUGAAGGAGAUGCAGAGCCACCAGCGGUGAAACUGGCGUUUCCCGACGUAGUAAUAGCACCAGCACAUAGGCAAGUGUUCUGUGCAGGACGAAAUAUCGUCAUCGUCAUCGUCCCAGCCCUUCCGUCUGCUGACCACAAUCUUCUCCUCCUCCUGCUUCCCUGCAACCGCGUUCAGGAGAUCCUUCAACUGCUCCUCGGUGACUUUCGAUCGU